UGAAUUGGUGGGGAUAGGCGCGUUAAGUUGAGUUGAGGGUUUAGGAAAUGAUUCAGGUUUUACAGCACUGUAAACUCAACAACACAUGCUGAUAGGCAUGUGCUAUUACUAAUAAUUUAAAUUCUCAUUUCAUGUAUAUGAUAAUUCGCCGUCGUUCUGUAAUUUAUGAUUAUGUGUAUACUUUUGCUCAUCUUAAUCGUGUUAAGGAAAAUUGUCCUGCUACAUCUCCUCCCUCUAUAUAUACGUUCAUUAUCUGCAUAUAGCAAACAUCAUCAAUUCCACCAUUUGCUACAAACAUCAUACAUACAUACAUACAAUAGUGUUUUUAGUGAGAAAGAGAAGAUGGCUCAAUACGGAAGGCAGACCGACGAGUACGGCAACCCCGUCCAAUGCCCUGGUGGAGGCACCGGUGAGUCCUACAGCACCACCGCUGCACACAUGACGGACCAGCACGGCGUUAUCGGUACUCAGGCCGGAAAGGUUACUCAUGGAACCACCGGCGGGGACUACGGGACUACCGGCGGAGGGCUAACUCAUGGCGGAGGGACCACUGGCGCAUAUAAGACCGACGAGUAUGGCGCCACCGAAGCGUUCGGAACUCACGCUGCUGGGGUUCCGGGGACCACUGGAGCUUAUGCGACCCGUGGCGGCACUUGGAUGACGGAGGGCAGCGGCCACAGGCCCUCUGGAAGUUCCAGCAGCUCGGAGGAUGACGGGCAAGGCGGGAGAAGGAAGAAGGGGAUCAAGGAGAAGCUGAGCAGACCUACGGCACCACUACCAUGCCCGGCGGCGUCGGAUAUGAACAAGAGCAUCAUGAGAAGAAGGGAGUGAUGGACAAGAUCAAGGAGAAGCUGCCCGGCCACCAUUAAAUAUUUAAAUAUCUUAUCUUAUAUAUAGAUACAGAUACAGUUGAAUAUACAUAUAAUAAGUCAGCUGCAGCUGCACCACUAUGAGUAUGUGUAGCUAGCCCAUGCACUUCUUUUCUUAGUUUUGUUUGAAUGAGGUGUGUACGUACUGUAUUUACUGUUUUCUUGGUCGUUCCAUUUGUAUUUGGACAUCUCUUCCUUUAUGUGGAGAGGAGUAUAAUAUUAUGUGUAAAAUAAUCAU